AUGGCGUCGAAGAGGAUCCUGAAGGAGUUGAAGGACCUGCAGAAGGACCCGCCCACCUCCUGCAGCGCAGGUCCUGUUGGUGAGGACAUGUUCCAUUGGCAAGCUACCAUCAUGGGGCCCUCGGACAGCCCAUUUGCAGGUGGGGUAUUCUUGGUGAACAUUCACUUCCCACCAGAUUAUCCUUUCAAGCCACCAAAGGUGUCUUUUCGCACCAAGGUUUUCCACCCGAACAUUAACAGCAAUGGCAGCAUUUGCCUUGACAUCCUUAAGGAACAGUGGAGCCCUGCUUUAACCAUAUCAAAGGUUCUCCUGUCAAUCUGUUCGCUGCUCACGGACCCGAACCCUGAUGAUCCUCUUGUCCCUGAGAUUGCUCACAUGUACAAGACUGACAGGGCCAAGUAUGAGUCCACUGCGCGCUCCUGGACGCAGAAGUAUGCCAUGGGCUAG